CUGAUAUACAAGUUACAACUAUAAUAUCAUAUACAUAUCUUAGCCUUUCACUGAAAUAUUGGAGGAUUGUAUUUAUAUAAUUAAACUAUAUAUAUAUAUCGCCAAAGCCCUGCACCGUCAGAGAUAUUUUCAUUGUUCUGUCAUAUAGUAAAAUGAAGCGUACCUGUAGCAGCACGCACAAAACCCAUGAGAUUGUACAAUAUUUAAAAACGAAGUUUCCGUUAGCGUACGAGCUCUUCUGGAGUAUUUUGCUUAAGCUCGGCGGCAGCAUAGUGUUGGUUAUAAAUUAUCUUUUAGACACAGCCGGGGCGUGGUUUAUAGAGAACUAUCAUCUCAAAGGUCAAUGGCCUCAUAUUGGCGGGGAUCACUCCCAGGACUUCGUAUCGCCUCCAGCCAAAGACGUUGACGUGAGAAUGCUCGAGGCUCAAUACGGCCCAGAUGCAAAUGAGACGGUUGACGUACUCAGACAUCAAAGCGGUGAAAGCGAUGAGAUAUUAGUAUAUCUCCAUGGUGGGGGCUGGCUGGCUGCUAACUCUGCGGUAUUGCUACACAGUGUGGUGCCCUUUGUUCGCAAUGGAUAUACCGUAUACAGCGCCAACUACCCCCUUGCACCUAAACACCGCUUCCCAGGACCAUUGGUGUCCAUACUAAGGCUCUUACACUGGUUGCGCACGGAAAGGAAGAUUAAAUCGGUCCAAAUGCUUGGCGACUCAGCUGGCGGGAAUCUGGUUACCAUAGCAGCGGCCUUGAUUGAGAAUCCACAGUUAUACUGUGAGUUCACAGAGAGUGUGUUGCCAUUGGGUAUCGAUAUGCGUGACUGGAAUUUCCCUACAAUCAAGGCUGUAGCAAGCGCAUAUGGUAUUAUGUGUCAGGGCGAGGGUUGGAGCAAUCAAUUAGAUACUAUCGGUCCCAUAGAGAAUUCUAUCGGCCACUUUAUAUACGCAUUUGGCAUGCGAAUGUACAGGAGUAGAGACAACAUAUUCGACAAUCGCUUUACAUUAAUUGACCUGUAUAUGCGAUCGCCCAAGUCAUUCUGUAAAAUGCCGCCCACAUUCUUAUUCUGCGGGGAUAAGGAUCAUCUGUCGCUUAGCAACCAGUUGGCCUUUGAAUCGCUGCGAGACAUGGGAGCAGAUGUCCGGUAUACUGUGUACCCAGGAAGACAUGCGUUUUUUGGUCUUCCUCCGAGUUGGAUUGGCAAAGAUGCAGUCAGAGAGUCUUCUUUGCCUGCACUUAUUGCAUGUCUCGAUUUUUUUAAGUCAGCUCAGAAAGUGAACGAUUUACGGAACACAGUUAAUUUGGAGAGAAUACCUUUACCCUAUUAAAAUAUUCUAAUAUAAAUAUAUAUAUAUAUAUAUAUAUAUAUAUGUAUAUACUAGCGGUACUCGCA